ACAAAUUACCGUUGCAUGGCAACUCGUUUGUUUGGGCUUUUGUUUACAAAUUUACAAAAUCCGUUUGCAAGGACGCACAAUGGACCUCAUCAAGGAGAUCAACGACAAAUACAUGGCCCUCGAGGCGGAGAUCGACCAGAAACUGGAGAAAGUGCAAGCCGAGGAACUAAAACUGGAACGGCAGAACGAGCAGCUGGCCGAGUCUUCAAUCUGUGCACCUGCUCCCAAGGUUCUGUCCUACGAAGAGGCUCUCCUGCGAAACACCAACACCUUGAAGGCUCUGGAAAUAGCCAAGGCCCGUUUGAGAUCGCGUUCCACGUACUCUCCCGUGGAGAAACUCCUUCAACAGGCCCUGCAGAACUACCGACGGGAGCUGGAGAGUCUGCAGGACGCAGAGGAUAGGGGCAAGGAUCCGAAGAACCCAGACAACCAGGAGGAGGAGGGGGAGGAGGAAAAUCUCUAUGAUCUGGUCAUGCAGAAUGUGAUGGAGGCCAAGAGGCAACAGACCGAUCUAUAAGACAUGUAUUUCCCUGGAACUCGAGCAAUUCGUGUGGCCACAUUUGAUCCAGUUGUAUAUAUUGUUCACAAGUGAGACACUGCCAAGCUGAAUAAACAAGCCGCAAGUGUACACAUUUGCUGGAAAUUGAAUCGAGAAAGGUAGAAUGCGAAUGGGAAUGCCAAGUGAAAUGGGGUGUAUGCUCACACAUUCUGUUCCCACUUCAAACAAUGAUCGAAAUGGAGCAAACAACGGUUGACGAAAUGCAGCCGCAGCGGGCCACCUUGUUGCCAUCCCAAUCAUCUAAGUGCCCCAUCGACGACGAUGUUCCCACCCUCGACGUUAUCACCGCUGGAAGUAUUGUGUAUCUGCCAAGGCGAGAAGAUAUCUCCUGCAGUCAGGCAGGCAACAUUAGAGCAAACACAUUUACCUAAUUAGUUGGCCAUCUAACCACUUGGACAUCGCCAAAUCUGAGUGGAGCACGCCGAAAGGAAGCCCAGGCAAUCAACUUGGUAAUAAAUCAAUUAAUGACACUCCGUCUCGUGCGAACAUC